UGCAAGAUGUAACCAACAGCAUGUGUUAUAUCACCAUUUUCACAAACUGUUAAAACCGGGUGGGGCAGUGUUCUUUAUCUCUUCCAGGACUCAUCCCUGAUAACUCCCCCGGGGGGAUAUCUUCUGUUAAUGGGCCAUUGAGUGUCCCUGCAUGGCUGAUAAAAUUCCAUCAUCCCAUUGUGGGAUGCUCCGCCCAGGGGGAGGAGCCAAGCACUCCAAACUAGAUAUAUUCUGAGCUGUGGAACACCUCAGGCAGCUUUGCCUCCUGGACUUCCAGAGGACAAGAGCCACCCCUGGACCUUCAGAGGAAGAGCAGACCCUUCUGCAGGAUCCCUGCUCCAACAGAACCACAGCUGGCACUGCAGGAGGGCUGCAGCCACCAUUUAACGGGACUGCUGCCACCACCCUCACCCGCAUUCUGACUUUGUCAGAUUAAGCUGGUGUUUCCUGCCUUUAUUUUGCAGCCAGCAGCAGAGGAUGGCGGAGGAGGGCAGUGUGUGCAGCUUUGUGUUCAAGAAGCGGGCGCGGGCCGCGGGCAGCGGCCGGCGGACACGGCCCAGCAGCGAGCAGGAGCGGGACAGCAGUGGGGACGAGGGCAGCACUGUGGUCAGGAGGAAGCUGCCCAGGAACACCCCCAACCCCAUGAUCCAGAGGAGCAGGCGCUGCAUGAGGGAGAGGCCGGAGUAUGCGCGGAGCAGCAGCGAGGAUGAGGAUCCUGCCAAGGAGAUCGGCGUCACCUACAAAUCGAGCAGGUCGGCAAAACCUGUUGGCCCAGAAGACAUGGGGGCCACAGCAGUGUAUGAACUGGACACGGAGAAGGAGAGGGAUGCCCAGGCCAUCUUUGAGCGCAGCCAGAAAAUCCAGGAGGAGCUGCGAGGAAAGGAAGAUGAUAAAAUUUACCGUGGCAUUAACAACUACCAGAAGUAUGUGAAGCCCAAGGACACAUCGAUGGGAAACGCCUCCUCAGGAAUGGUCAGGAAAGGCCCCAUCCGCGCCCCGGAGAACCUGCGGGCCACGGUGCGCUGGGACUACCAGCCUGACAUCUGCAAGGACUACAAAGAGACCGGCUUCUGUGGCUUUGGGGACAGCUGCAAGUUCCUGCACGACCGCUCGGACUACAAGCACGGCUGGCAGAUCGAGCGGGAGCUGGACGAGGGCCGCUACGGCGCCAGUGACAGUGACAACUACGAGGUGAGCAGUGAUGAGGAGGACAUGCCUUUCAAAUGCUUCAUCUGCAGAGGUUCCUUCAAGAGCCCCGUGGUCACCAAGUGCCGGCACUACUUCUGUGAGGGCUGUGCCCUCCAGCACUACCGCAAGUCCCAGCGCUGCUACGUCUGUGGGAAGCAAACCAACGGGGUCUUCAACCCUGCAAAAGAGCUGGUGGCAAAAUUGGAAAAACACAAAGGGGAGGACGAAGAGGAGCAACAGUCAGACCAUGAAGAGGAUCCACAGUAGCAGAACGCAUUCUGUACAUAACUGAAUAGAGCUUUUGUAGGAGGAAAAAAACCCCAAAAAACGGAGUGUGGAGUGGCUGCAUACCUGUCAUGAAGUCUUGGGUGUUCUCAUGUUUUUCCAUCACAUUCAACAUGAGCUAGCAUGCUGACAGUUUGUCAGAUGCAGAAUGCUGUCAACAAUGGCAGGACAACCUACC